AUGGGUGAAAACAACAGCUCUUCAAUGGCUUCAAGCCUAUCUGUUGUCUCUCCUUCUCCAAAUCUCGCACAUCAAUUGCCUGUGAAACUCACAUCUUCAAACUUUCUUCUGUGGAAGACACAGUUUAUGCCUAUGGUAUAUGCAUGUGGUUUGAACCAUCACAUUGAUGAUAGUAAACAGAUGCCAACACAAUUCCUAGAUGAUACUAAUACCAAACCCAACCCGGCCUAUACGGUUUGGUUACGUGAAGAUCAACUUGUUUUAAGUUGCAUUGUUGCUUCUGUUUCAGAAAGUAUCUUGCCUCAGUUGGUUGGAGCAACAACUGCUCGUGACGCUUGGAAUAAGCUUGUUGCUGCAUAUGCUUCCGGCUCAAAGCCACAGAUUCGUGACCUUAAGACGCAGUUGCACACUUUGCGUCGUGAUAAUGCCAGUAUUGAGUCAUAUGUGCAAAAGGCAAAGGCAAUAGUAGAUAAGUUAGAUGCAUUGCAACAUCCAGUUCCUAAUGAUGAUCUGGUGGAAUUUGUUCUUGCUGGACUAGGACCUGUUUAUCGUCCUUUUACUAGGUCGCUUGAAUCGCGUCAAUAG